AUGGCCAAUAGUGUAAAGUUACAUGUAUAUGACUUGUCAAAUGGUAUGGCUAGAAUGUACUCUAGAUCAUUCAUUGGUAAGCAUAUAGAGGCUAUAUAUCAUACUGGUAUAGUUGUAUAUAAUACAGAGUAUUACUUUGGUGGAGGUAUAUUACAUGAUAGACCACAUCAAACACCUUAUGGACAACCAAUGGAGGUCAUUGAACUUGGCAACACCGACAUACCACAAGAGGUGUUUGUUGACUUCCUCGAGGGCAUGCGUUCACGCUUCUCAAUGGACUCUUAUCAUCUCAUCGACAACAACUGUAAUCACUUCUCAAACGAGUGUAGUAACUUCCUUCUAGGUACUCCAAUACCAAAUCACAUUGUUGGUCUACCUCAAGAAGUCAUGUCUACACCAUUUGGUAUGAUGAUACAACCUUUGAUAAAUAGCUUCUUCAGCAAACAAGGCUGGGGAUCAACAAUGGGACCAGUCAAUCCUGCUGCUCAACCUCGUCUGCAACAACCUCAAUCUCAUCUUAACAACAACAACAACAACAACAACAGCAGCAGCAAUGUAUCACAUCCAAAGACUGACGCCAGUCACAAGCAUGCCAAGGUGGCCAGUCAACUUCAUGUGUUACUCGAUGGCAAACCAGCGUUAUUCAAUCAUUGUGAUGUUGAACCGGUCAUUGCCAAGCUGAGGGAGUGCACAAAGAGCGUACAAUCAAUCGAUCAACAAGAGUUUGAACAACAUAUCAAGCGUGCACAGUCCAUCAUCAAGGAGGGCCUGACAACGAGGUGCACAGUGCCAGUCGAUCUUAUGAAGUACCUGGAGCGCCUGGCUAAUGAACUGCCCGAGCCUCAGAUCUUCCCCGUGUUGGAGCUCGUCCGUAUGCUGAUGCUCAAGGACGUCUCGAACUACUACACCAGCCUGUCCAACCCAUUCGUCGCGGUGCUCAUCAAUCGCCUCAAGUCUACCGAGGCCCAGCUCUCACGACAGACCGAGCUGAUCAUCUAUCGCAUCAUAAUCAAUUGCUUCUCGACCAAGAAUGGCAUCGAGUACGUGCUCAGAGGCGACCCACUCAGCAACAUUGUGGCCGCCACGCUCAAGGGUUUGCACUCGAAUGACAAGAUGUUGAAGCGUGCCAUCAGCAUGAUCAGUUACAACCUGGCGCUGUACCUCAAUAACAAGGAGCAUGAGGAGCACAUCUUGGCAUUGUUCUCCGCGAUUCAUCAUACACUAGAGUCGAACCCACUGUCAGAGGAUCCAGAGAUUGACUUUAGACUAUUGAUGGCACUUGGAACAUUCAUGUAUUGUUCAGACAACAUCAUAGAGUUGAUGUCAGCGAUGGAGUUUGACUUUGACAAGUAUAGCAAGGUGGACAGACUCCAAACAUUGGUACAGCAAUUGAAAGUACUUGUAUAA